UUAAAUUUUUCAUGUAACAAACAAGAGUAACAUCAACUCUGGGAUAAGUCGAUUCACAUUUAGCCUAAAUGAUGCCUGUGCUGAUUAUCACUGUGUUUGUGAACAUCAGUUUGAAUUGCAAUAAAUAUUUUCAGCUAAUGGAUAAUUGAUGCACUCUCACCCUUCUCUCGGCGCUGACGGGUCAACAAAGUGUCAGGUUUGUUUGGCCGUCUCAGAUUUACAACCAGAAUCCUUCAGCUCACACAAGAACAAGCAGCCAGGCCGGGUUAAAUGUUAACUGCAUGUUUGUAAAUGCUGAAUGCAGCUUAACAUUUAUGAGAGCUUUAAAAUGGUGCCCAGAGGAACGUCUAAGCUGUUUAUUUUUAACCCGACUACUUGUUAAUAACUACCAGAUGUUAAAAUUCCAACAAAUUCUUGAUCUCAAGCCAGAGAAGGAGCAAAUUUAGCUUACAGUUUUUAAAAUUAUGGGCUUAAAUAUGAUAUGAUAAUAUCUGAACAAUCCUGCACUAAAAAAAAUGUUUAAUACAGGAGAGUGUCUGGUUUUCUGAACUGAGCUGCUCCUUGCUGAAGCUGCAUGGCUGCGUCGCUGGUGUUCAGGCUGCAUGACCGAGGUCCACAACUGGUGAGGGAAGUGCUCCUGGAACGAGGAUGGAAAGAAUAUGACAAACGGAAACGUGAGGACAGCGACUGGAACCUCUACUGGAGGGGGUCAGAGUUUCACAGCUCAGAAUAUCACAGCCUGCUGCCAUGGCAACGCCUCAAUCACCAUCCCAAAACUGCUGGCAUCACGCGAAAGGACUCAUUGGUACGCAACCUGAGGAGAAUGAAGGCAACAUUUGGUUCAGCUCUCUACAACUUCAGUCCAACAACCUUCAUCCUUCCCAACGAAUACACCAGUUUCCUGACUGAAUACAACAAGCUGCUUCCUAAUAGAGAACAAUCAGUUUGCUGGAUUUGUAAACCCGUUGACCUCUCCAGAGGUCGAGGUAUUUUCCUCUUCCGGAACAUGAGAGACCUGGUCUACAACGGCUCUGUAGUGGUGCAGAGGUAUAUCAGCAGCCCCCUGCUGAUAUCAGGGUACAAGUUUGACCUGAGGAUUUAUGUGUGUGUGAAAAGCUUCCAUCCACUUACUGUUUACAUCCACCAGGAGGCGCUGGUGCGCUUCGCCACAGAGAAAUACAACCUGUCCUCUCUGUCUAACGUGUUCGCUCACCUCACCAACACCAGCAUCAAUAAGUGCGGUCCCUUCUAUAAAACCCAGAAAGGACAGGUCGGUUCAGGGUGUAAGUGGACUAUGAGUAAGUUCAGGUAUUUCCUCCAGAACCAGAACAUCAAUGAGCUGUUUCUGUGGCAGAGGAUCAACAACAUCGUCACACUGACGCUCCUCUCCAUCACUGCGUCGGUACCGGACUGUCCAAACUGCGUGGAGCUUUUUGGCUUUGACAUCCUCAUUGAUAGUAAGUUCAAACCCUGGCUUCUGGAGGUCAACCACAGCCCGUCACUGGCUCUGGACUGCCAAACAGACUUAUCAGUAAAGAAGGGGCUGGUCAGUGAUCUGGUUGAUUUGAUGAAUUACACAGAUAUUGAUGGUCUAAGAGGCAAAACUUAUCAGACACAACGAAAUGUCCAAACUUGCUUUAAUGCCAACAUCUCAACACCUGUUCCUUCACUCCCCAAGCUGAAAGAUCACAACUUUCAACAGAAAAAUAAAAAAUCUUCAAAAAUGCAUCAGGAAAAGUCAAAAAGACACCUUCCACCUAUUGAGACUUUACACUGGAUACUGGGCUCAUACUCAAAGAUGAACGUGGUGAAAACGGGUCUUUCAUCACGCCAGAUGAAAUAUAAUCCUCAGGUUACUGGGGUCACAAACCGAGACGUUGCUGAAACCCAAGAUGAAAUGGAGAACGAGGUUUCCUCUUCGGUACUCGGCACUCAGGGCAGAAGGUCAACAUUCAGACCGUCUACAGAUUCCUGGAGGCUUCCAGACAUCUACAGGAAACGUCGGAGGUUCCAUGUUCAGGAAGCGAAGCCUCCAAUUGGUCAACAUGUUCCACCAAUCAGAGCUGGAGGCUUCAUUCGGACCUUUCCGUUUAACCCGGCAACACUGAAGGCUUCCCUGGUCAAACUGGACGUCCCGGUUGUCAUACAGGAGCUGCAGAAGCUGACGGCUCGGGUGGCUUCAGGCCGACGGAAGGACACAACAGGAGAGGAAGAGGAUGAAGACUGCUUUGAUUCACUGCUGUGGGGGCCAGAAGACCCCCCGCUGCUCAGUCAGUGGUUCAACACCAAAACAAAAAAUACCUGAUCCAAGAAGCAGAAA